CUUAAUAUGGAGUCAAACAUGAAUUAAUAAAACCGAAGCAACAAGGCGCAAAUUUUAUAUUAGUGCCAAUAUAUGGCGCGGCACCCCGGGUUCGCCGCUGGGGAUUAUAGGACGCCUUUAGGGGCGGCCACUAAUAAUUCCCAGUGGGAAACCUUAAAAGGAGAACUGGACGAGCUUGGCCCACAGAGGUCGGUGGAGCAAUGGAAAAUUUGCUGGCGAGACCAGAAGCGGAAGGCCCGAGAUGAGGGUGCGGCCUUAAACAAGGCCAAAAAUGCCACCGGCAAUUGUGUGGAGAUGCCUUCAAUCUCCGACAACGCAGUGCAUGUUUUGCAUGCAAUUAGCCAGGAGAUGGCAGUGGGUUGUGGUCCUGAGGAGUCACCAAUUGGUGUAAGAAAUAUACAUAUAUCAUGAUCAACCCCAUCGUCAGUCCACUACUGAGUCUCUCAGUAGAUUGAGAAGGGUCUAGACUCUAGGCCAUAUUCCACCACGC